AUGGGUGCUGAGAAAGAGGUGGGAGUGACGGAGGGAGGUAGACAUGAGAAAUCAAUCGCCUAUACGUCAUUCGAGGAAACAAGUGUGAACAAUCAUGUUAUGUUUGAGACCAAACAAAUCCCUGAUUAGAAGUUUGGCUAAUUAGGAUGGCUUAAAACAGUCUGGUUUAUGUCUUAUUUUGUUUAUUUAAAACAAAACAACCCCCAUCUUGAGAGCAGGAGCUAUUUUUCCCUGAGGGUUUUGUGGGACUGCCCGUCAAAAAUCGAACCUUUUGUUUAACGUAACAUGCUUCGUUGGUCUCGAAGCGUCACAGCCCUACAAUAUCUGAAGAUGAGCAAACGUUAUUCUUGAGGCGACCGAGACAGCGAGUGUGUUGUGCUUGUGCAGUGCCGGUGGUAUAAGCUAGUCUUUGCUGGGCUGUAGGACAGGGUGGGUGGUAUUUUUCCAUUUCUAAAUGCUAGGAAUGGAGGAAUUUAUAACCGAGGAGGAAGAGCCAUGGUACGACCAGCAAGAUCUCGAAUCGGACCUCCACCUGGCAGCGGAGCUGGGAAAGACUCUGUUGGAGAGGAACAAGGAGCUGGAGGACUCUCUGCAGCAGAUGUACAUCACCAAUGAGGAGCAGGUGCAGGAGAUCGAGUACCUGGCCAAGCAGCUGGAGGUGCUGAGGGAUAUGAAUGAGCAGCAUGCUAAGGUCUACGAGCAGCUGGAUGGAACGGCCAGGGAACUGGAGCUCACCAAUCACACCCUGGUACUGGACAGCAAGGCCUCACAGCACAAGAUAGAGAGGCUGACCGGAACCAUUGAGACCCUACAGGCUCAGGUGGAGUCUCUCUCUGGGCAGGUGGAGCAGCUCCACUCCCUGGAGCAGCUCAGGGUCCGGAGGGAAAAGAGGGAACGGCGCAAGACCAUCGCGUCCUUCCCCUGCCUCAGAGAACUCUGCACCGCACCCAAGUAUGAGGACGGUUUUGUUGUGGGCCGCUCCGAUAGCUUCACCUCAGAGUCUAAGCGCCAGCCAGCAGAGGAAGAAAAUGAGCGUCUGAGAGAGGCGGUGUCAGCAUUGCGCUCAGCUGUGAGGGCAGAGCGGACUCGCAGGGAGGGGGCAGAGAGAGAGUGUCAUGUCCUCCUGGGGGAGUUCAGUCGCCUGGAGACGCGUGUGCAGGGUGCAGAGAGCUGCCAGGCACGGGUACGUGAACUAGAGGUGGAGCUCCAGGAACUCCAGCAGCUCAGAAGGGCAAGGACCCUCCUGCUGAGCAGCGAGGACGAUGGUGUGGGAUUCACACAGACCCUUCUCAACAGCACCCCCGAAACAGACACCCUGGAGGGGGAAGGAGGCGAGGCAGGAGGAGGGGUCCGGGAGGAAGGCGAGGGAGGUGGUGUAGGCGGAGAGUCCUUGCCCGCCUCCAGCCCUGUCAGGAAAAGCUGCAGCGACACAGCGCUGAAUGCCAUUGUGGCCCGGGACGCGUCCGGGAGGAGGAGAGGGAGCUACGCCAUCCACGCCAACAGUGUCCGUAAGAGAGGGAUGUCCAUCCUGAGGGAGGUGGAUGAGCAGUAUCACGCUCUGCUGGAGAAGUAUGAGGAACUGUUAGGGAAGUGCAGGCGCCACGAGGAGUCCCUGUGUCACAUGGCAGUGCAGACCUCACGUCCCGUCUCCAGGGACCCCUCCAUGAAGGACUGUGCAGUUGGCCCCACUCCUGCACCCCCACCAACACCCACCCGAUCCCCCUCUACCCCCGAGGCCAUGGAGAGCAUCAGUAAGCAGGUAGAUGCAGUGGAUAAACGACUGGGCCAGAACACACCAGAGUACAAGGCCCUGUUCAAGGAGAUCUUUUCCCGGAUUCAGAAGACCAAGACAGACAUCAAAGCUACUAAAGCCACCAAAGCCCCGAAAGCCAGCAAGCCUGGAAAGUCUCAUAAAUAGGAAUGACAGUGAGCUUCCUUGGUAGUGGAAGGCUACUUUGUGCUUAAGAUUGUUGCCUCCACACUACCAAUAUGUAGCACUCAUGAGGAGGCUUCUGAAUUGUGUCUUUUCUUCUUUCUGCUUCUGUUACAAGGUGUCAAUCAACAAACAUGCUACUAAAAACGAAUCCGCUGCUAAAGCUACCUGCUAUUAGCGCCUGCCUACUUUUGCCGGUGAGAUCUAACACAUUCUUUCAGCUGCCUUUUACUGGUCGGAUGACUAGCCAGUUGACUCUAAGUUCUAUCUUUAGAGCAGUGGUAUUCAUGUAUUCUCAGCGGGGACCUUGUUUUUUCAACCAAUUUAUGGGGACCUCAUUUAUGGGGGCAGAAAUUCUCACUCCUCCCCCUCCCCAAGUCAAAUAACACAAACUUGAAGUCAGUACAUUUAGAUUUUUACAAUGACUCAUAAACUUUGAUUAAUCUCUCUUGAAAAUAAUCCAAUACAUGUAUCUUAAUUUGUAAUUUUUUCGGGUGGGGGGCGGGGGGGGGGGCGGGUUGGACUUUGAAUACCACUGUUUGGAACUUGCAGGGCCUCCCCCAGCCUACCGGUAACUUGAACCAUGGACUUGAAGUAAAAACAGAAGUAAAAACAUCCUACUUUCUGCCCAGAGUACACCGCGACCACAUUUGCACUGCUCUCUCUGUGACUGUAUACUCGUGACCGUAGUACUGUAUUUUAUACCCUAGAGAUACUUAUCUUCCAGGUCCUUAGAGGUAAAUGCAAUUUGUGUCAGAAUGCUGCAGGUUUCGAACAGUGUUUCAAGUACACACUGACUCUUGGGGAGUGCCCAAAAAAGAUCAAUGUUAAUAUGUUUGUGGUUUGUGGAGGUGUGCUGAUGCCCAGACACCCCUGGAAUGGAAGGGUUGCUGGGUAUGUCCACUGGCCUCCAGCUGGCUCCCUGUGCGCUCACAAGAUGCAACAGACAAUCUAAACAGGUUGUUGUCUUUUCUUUUUCCUGGGGCAUUAUAAACCCUAUUGUAGAACUGACGCAUGAUCUAGUAUCAAAUGUGAUGUUUUAUUACUGUCUUUUUUUUUGUCCCAUUCCAUUUAUGCUGUUUCUUUGAUUGUUGGUUACAAAUCUUUCACCCUCCACAACAAACAAAAAGGGAAAAAAAGCAAAGCUGUGAUUGUAUUACAAUGUCAAAUUGCAAUGCAAUUGUAAUGUAACAUUAUCCCCUGACUAAUUUUUAUUUAGACAAACUUGCUUUAGACAGAAGUGAUGGUCAAUGAUAUAACCUAAAAACAGUAAGUAUUACUAACUAUUUAAACCUGUUAUGUUAGCAUUAACCAAGCUCACCAGCUGUCAAAAACACAAAAACACAGACACUGCAACAUUACACUAUAUAGCAAAGGAUCCAGGUCGUCUUGGCUAGCUACCCACUAAAUGACCCUUCCUUCUUAUCAUGAAUGUUAUAGGGGUUGCAUUGUCGAAUCAUAUACCUUAAAUCUGAUACUCAUGUUGUAAUGCCAAACCUUAUGGGGAGGAAAACAUAUACACACAACAAAGCACCUGCACCGUACAGGACAUAUUAUUCUUAGUGCUACUAACUCAAUGUCUUAAACUAAGGUCAUAUACUUAGCUGUGACGCUUUUAGGCUAUUAUAGCAGUCACAAAAUUUGUCAAGAGAUCAAUGUGAGCAUGGUGCUAUGAAAGUAGAGCUAUGAAAGUAGAGCUGAGUGUAGUGUGGAACAAAAUGAGAAAAUAAAACUUGCCACAGAAAAGGUGACUGAAUAAUUUAAACCAGAAAUCGGUGCUUGCUCAAUGGUGGUAUAAUGAUGUAUGUGCCAGGUCUAAGCAGAGUCUUAUUUUUCCUCUCAGGGUCACUCAAGGGUUGCUGAGUGAAGAAAAAUGGUAGGAUGUCUUGAGGAGAAUAACUGUUAGUUUCAUAGAAAUGUUCACCUAUGAUCCUGAAGGGCUGAAGUGUGUGCAGACUUCUGCCCAAACCCAACAUUCAGGUGUACUGCUGGGCUGGAGUAAAGGCCUGCAUUCCCUGUAGCUUUUCAGGGCAGGGAGAUAAAGACAUUGUACCAUGCAGUGGUGACUGAAAAUGUGAUAUAUUCUCAUAAGAGGGAAAAAUGUCUAAAUAAAACCGUCUGACUCUGUCCGUU